AUGCCCGUUUUCGAACCGGAUGGCUACACUGCCGCCGGUAUAGACUCCCUCUUCAAGGAUGAGUCGGGUGCCUCCUGGGAGCCCGUCUACCAGCAUGACUGCUCCUUCAACACAGACUUCUUCAACGAAGUCAUGAUGAACAUGAUCAAGAACCCCAAUGUCAACACGAAAUGGCUGUUCCGUGCAGACAUCCUGCACGACACGGGCGAUGAUGCAAUCCCGGGAGCGGAGCACCAACCUCAGAUCGUACACCUUGGCGGCUAUCACACAGAACGCGCCCUCGUCCGCCGCCUCGUGCCAAGGAACCCCCGCCGCGACAAUCCUCUCGACCAGACAUGCCUCUUCCUUCAGCAGGUCGACGGUCCCAAGACCCGCACCGUCGUCCUGUACCUCCCGCACGAGUCCUCCGCCGACGACAUGCCCUUCUAUCAUCCCAAGGUCCGCGGCAUCGCCCAGCUCCACGAGUGGGACGCCGACGAGGCCCGCGGUACCAUCUCUAUCCACUACUGGCACUUCCCACCCGGCGAGCACGGCAUCGACCCGGAGACGGACCCCGAGAAGCUGAAGCGCACAGCCCGCAUGCUCCUUUCCGUCCUCCACAAGCACGGCCAGGGACAGGCGGCCGGCUACGUGAAGAAGGUCCACCACGACGUCGUCAUCCCCCAGGCACGCUUCCAGGACCGCUACUCCGCCCUCAAGCUCAAGCACGCCGCCCGUCUCGUGAGCACCUGGGCCGAGGUGACCGACCCCCUGAAGCACGUCUUUGAGGAUCUCGGCAUCGCCGCCUUCCUCAUCGAGCUGUGGGCCGACAUGUACCGAGACCAGCCCUUCCCCGGCUUUGUCGACAUCGGCUGCGGCAACGGCCUGCUCGUGCACAUUCUCCUGCUCGAGGGCUACGCCGGCUGGGGGUUCGACGCGCGGGAGCGCAAGUCGUGGGCCACGUACGGCAAGCCCACGACCACCACGGCCGACGCGCCGCCGGCCGACGUCCUCAAGAGGCUUGUGCUGCUGCCCGACCUCGCGGCCCCCACCGACGACGACGGCAUCGUCGCGGAGGAGGACCGCUUGCUCCUCCACGACGGCACCUUCCCCAAGGGCACCUUCAUCAUCUCGAACCACGCCGACGAGCUGACGCCCUGGACGCCCAUCCUCGCCGCCCUGUCGGCGUCGCCCUUCAUCGCCAUACCGUGCUGCAGCCACGACCUCGGCGGCGCAAAGUACCGCGCCGCGCCGCCGCGCGACAAGACAAAGUCGGCGUCAGCCUUUUCGUCGCUCGUCGACUGGGUGUCGCGGAUUGCCGAGGACUGUGGCUGGAAGGUCGAGACGGAGAUGCUGCGGAUUCCGAGCACGAGGAACACGGCCCUCUUGGGACGAACGAGGACGACGCCGGCGGCGGACAUCGAUGCCAGGCAGAUUGUCGAGAAGUACGGAGGCACGGCGGGUUACUACAAAAACGCCAUCAACCUGACGAGAUCGAAGGCCAGGGGCCACUGA